AUGGCAAAGCUCUUCUUCGCCGCGCUUUUUGCGGCGGCUGCCGUAGCCUCUCCGGUGGAGAUUGCUGCCUCCCUCGAGGAGCGCAAUGCCAUAUGCGACAUAGUUCAAGACAUCGUGACGCUUAUGCACCAGCAAAGCGUUGCCACACCUUUCUGCAGCAGCCUGCUCUCAAUUCCGACGAUCACUUCAACUGCAACAGUCACUUCCUCUCCAGCUUGCAAAACCAUCACCAGCAGUGUCCCGUCUACUGCUACCAUCACCGCGAUCUCUACCGUCCUGGUGAGCACGGUCACGACUGUCUACCCAGUCGUCGCCAUUAGUACGACCUCCACCUGCGCACUCGGCGCAACUGUCAUUGCUUCGAGCAACCUUACGUCUGCUGCGACCAUCGCCAAGCGUGAUACCAAGCCUUGUACCACCACUACCAAGCCACAGACAACUACUGCAUUGGGCACGCCGACGUGCUUGACGAAGUGGCAGGGUGCAGCACUUAGCUCGGCCUGUGGCUGCCUCGAUAUCCCGACUCCCACUAGCUUAAGCAUUGUUACGACCACACUGCCUGUGAAGACCAUCACCAAGGUCAUCGCCUCUACCGCCUCCGUGACCGUCACUUCCGUUACCACAUCUACCACCUUCACCUCAACAUAUUCCGCCACCCAGUACUACACCAGCACUUUCACCAUCCUGCCAUCUCCGACCGGGGUGCUCACUCUUCCCAACAGCCAGAGCUACGGCGUCUUCAACAACCUCGACUUUGCCGGCCAGGACAUCGUGAGCUUCUUCUGCUACCAGAACGGCCCGGCUCCUCCAAGCCCGUAUCCCGCUUGCGCCUCCUUCAACGACUGCGUGGCUGAAUGCGGCUACUACAACGACAACAAGCUCGGCGCCAGCACGAACACCACUUGCGGCGCGGUUGUGUACAAUGCGCCACCGGAUGGCAGCUCGGGUUACUGCUACAUGAAAACCGGACAGACUGGAUGCGGGUCGCCAAACAGCAAGGUCACAACUGGCGUGUUGCUGCCACUGCUGGCGAACGAUGUGCAGUAA